UUCAUUGACUUCCAUUGAAACAGAAAUUGAAGGAGUGGGAUGUCUCGCCUCCUCUUCUAGAGACUUCUAUCUAUCUCUAUGGGUUUCUCCUUCAUCGCCCUCCAGCUGGACAGGAUUGUAUCGCGACGCGGUGUCAGAAACAGCUUGAAAACAAGUCAAACCAACUAUCUGCACCAACGAAAGCUCCAAGCAACUGAGGUGAAGUUAUAAUAUUCCUGCAAAAUUUAGCUACCGUAGCUAAGUAACGUUAGGCCUAAAUGUCGGCCUUCUUUUCUAGCUACAGUAACUAACGUUAGGUGUCUUUGUGGGCUAACGUUAGCGAGCUAGCCAAAGAGCCAUUAGCUAAAGUCAAGACGGGGACAUGGCCAGCCAGGAUCCAGCGAAGAGAAACGUGUAGCCAGCUAGCUAAAGUUUGGUCCCUUGUCAAGGAUAAAGGUGUAAUGGCAGUGCCUCCAUCAUAUGGUGACCUUGGCAAAUCUGCAAAGGACAUCUUCAACAAAGGAUAUGGUUUUGGAUUGGUGAAACUUGAUGUCAAGACCAAGUCUUCAAGUGGAGUGGAAUUCAAAACCUCGGGCUCCUCCAACACUGACACCAGCAAAGUCAACGGGAACUUGGAGACCAAGUACAAAUGGGGUGAAUACGGCCUGACUUUUACAGAGAAGUGGACCACAGACAAUACUCUGGGGACUGAGAUCACUGUUGAAGACCAGAUCACCAAAGGACUGAAACUUAUGUUCGACACCCAAUUCUCACCAAAUUCUGGCAAGAAGAGUGGGAAGGUGAAGACUGCCUAUAAGCGUGAAUACGUCAACCUGGGUGUGGACGUAGACUUUGACUUUGCUGGUCCGGCCAUCCAUGGGGCAGCGGUGGCCGGAUACGAGGGAUGGCUGGCUGGCUAUCAGAUGACCUUCGACACGGCCAAGUCCAAAAUGACCCAGAGCAACUUCGCUGUUGGCUAUAAGACAGGAGAUUUCCAGCUGCACACCAAUGUUAAUGAUGGCACAGAGUUUGGAGGGUCCAUCUACCAGAAGGUGAAUGACCAGCUGGAGACUGCUGUGAACCUGGCCUGGACAGCAGGCAGCAACAGCACCCGCUUUGGCAUCGCUGCCAAGUACCAGCUGGACUCCAGUACCUCCAUAUCUGCUAAAGUUAACAAUGCCAGCUUGGUGGGAGUUGGCUAUACCCAGACACUGCGGCCAGGUAUGAAACUCGUCCUGUCUGCACUGGUCGAUGGAAAAAGCAUCAACUCCGGUGGCCACAAACUCGGACUGGGACUGGAGCUGGAAGCAUAAGUAUCUAGCUAACCUGUGUAGUGAAGUCGUUGUAUUUCAUUUAAUUUAGGGAAUCGUAGAAUAAUUUGGCCUUAUGUAUUUCUAGCCCAACCACCAUUAAGGGAUGUCUCAAAGGGAUGAAUCUAAUCUAAAGCAACAACACGCCCUGCCCAACAUAGCCCUCAGUACUGUCAGUUAGAUGGAUCCCCAACCCCAUCAGCCACUUAUUUCCUUUCAUAUGGUUUGUAGGCUAGUACUACUAGGUCUGCUAUUUAUCAAGUCAUGUGUUUGUUUCUAUGCUGUGCUGAACCACUAGUGAAAUACAUCCUAAAGCGUUUUGCUUUAUUGGUUUGGCUAAUUGGAAUGUACAGUCCGAGGGGGUUUAUAUGAAGAUAUAUGCUUUGAUUUAAAUAUGUAUAAUAAUAGAAUGUUAUUAUUAUAUCAUUAUAUUAUGUGACGACAAUCCUGAACUGUUUUGCGCACAGGCAAAUUUAAAUUAUACCUAUUUAUUUAUUUUUUUACCUAUAUUUAUAUCCCAUCUUUCCCUGUUUCAUUUGCACAUAUAGUAGCAUUCGGUUAGCAACGCUUUGCCUGUUGGGACGGCUCCUACUCACAAUGCUAAUCAUCAACUCCAGAGACCUUAAACGUCAAUCUAUUGGUUGAUCUAUUUAGCUAAUAUUCUUGAGGAUUUGGUAACUAUGCUUAUUGCUUACCCACUCUGCGGUCAUUAGCAGACUUGUACUGUCUUGAUUAACUAACCUGCUUCCUAGUUGAACAUGGUAAUGUAAAUUUGCACGACAAUGGCAAAUGGGAUUUGAAAAGAGAAACCAUUAAUUGAGUGUAUCCUCCACCUCCCCUUCCCAUAGCUGUGUAUAAAUGAUAUGACUGGGACAUUGAUCAGAAACCAAGUCCACUCGUGUGUCAACCUUUACAAUAAAGUCUUUAAACAAGUCAA